AUGUCGACCAUCGAGGAAGAAGAUAAACGAGGUGCCGCUUAUCCAUGGGUACUAGAGCAUCUAUUGACCUACCCCAACACCUAUGAGAUACCUCUGAGGACCAUGUACACUCUCAACGCCACGACUCAACAUCAACAGUGUACACCUCUUCCCUCGCCGAGGUCAGUCCCUGGAAAUGCUUUUCCCCGACCGCCUGCUGCGGCCGUUGAGGAGCAGCAGAACAUGACCACCACGACUGCAGCUGCUCAGUUGAAGGCGACUCUCGUGCAGCACAUAUCGCAAAUCCCCUCUCAACCAGCUUCCUUACCCCCCAGCUUUAUUACAAGCUUCGUUCGACGAUGCUUUCCGCGCGAACUCGACCAAGUCGACUUUCCCCAAGCGCUGACUGCGAUGGACUACCUCAAGGACUUGGAAGUUCGGCGCCGGCGAGAGGUGGUGGCAGCUUUGGAUAAGCUUGGCAUCGAGCAAGAAGACAUCGGUCACCGCAGUAAACUGGCACAGAAGUACCCAGGUGUUCUCCGUUGGGUCAUGGAUAUCGAAGAGAGGGAGCGCAAAGUUGAAGCGCUCUACACCCAAGUCUAUCUAGGGCUGCGACGCUGGACGCUCAUCAACGAGUUGUCGCUGAUCCCGUUCGACAAAGGGAAUUGUCUUGCCAUGCUCAACACCCUCUAUCCUCCCAUCAACAUGAAUGCCGGUCACUUUGUGCAGCCAACGGCGCAGCUGACUCCUCAGGUUUUGACUCAGCAGCGCACCCAAUUCUUCAAGUACAUCACAGCGGUCGAGAAGACGGGACCGUCGGUCUUGACCUACCUGAUGAAUCACGCCAAGAGAAAGGAAGAUGCAAGUGGCUGGGUCACCUUGAGGGACUCCUUGGACAAGUAUAUUAGCCUAGCCAACAGUGUCAUUGAAGAGUGCUAUGACAUUACUGGUCAAGCUCGGUCGCCGACCGCUGCGUCAUUCAGCUCCAUCGAUCAUGAGGAAGAAGGUCGGCGCAAAGUUGACUCGGCUAUUUCUUUCGGGUCCGGCAAAUCGUCCAACCGCAAUUCGGCUCAGAGCAACAAGUCGACUCACAGCCAAAGAAGCCACACGACCAGACCAAGCACUAGCAGCAGCUUCAGCAAUGGGAGCCGGAGCCACAGCCGCCAAGUCUCCCAGGACAAGAAUCUCUUGGAGAAGCCAUUGCCUCCGCCGAAGGACAACACCACGGUGACGCACAAGUCUUCUGGAUCAACCCUCGAGCGAAUUGCUCGUGAAUUGAGAAAGAUCAAGAGUCGGAACAACGUAAAGGACGAUCAAUGUCCUCGCACGCCAACGGCGAUUCCUACAGAUAUGGUCAUGAACAUGAUGUCGAUCAUUGAAGACUCGGGACCACCUGCCACCGCACCUGGUAAGGAUCGUGCCCUGAAGAGCAAGUUGAGCAUACGAAGAAUACGUUCCAACACAGCUCUCUCCGAGAGCAACAGUACGCGCUCUCUCCUUGAAACAGCUUCUCUAGAGAUGCCAGCGUUUGACGCCGACGAAAUGAACAAGAGCCGUCAGCGAUGGGAAACUCAGCAGAAGCUGAGAUGA